AUCUUCGUAUUUUCGGGAAGAAAACAAACGAAGGAAGAUCGGUGUCAUGGAAGGGUUAUUUUGAGUUGUUUUCCGAUGCCUUUGUUCCUGAGUCUUAUGGCCCCUGGUGAAGCUUCGUUUUGUUAAUGUUGUUUUCAGGCUAGACAAGUCAGUGGCCGAAUCAAAUGAGGUAAAGUUUCGAAAUUCGUACAGUGUCCAGCAUUCCUUUAUUUUGUUAUUUUUAUUUGGGGUAUCUAAAUGCCUGGGUUUUUGUUUUGCAGAUUAGGAGCCUGCAUUCGUUUAUGACUGACUUGGAAAAGGUCAGCUAUCUAUGAAAAGGGAGUUGAAGGAUGAUAUUAAGGACUUGAGGACAACAGUGCAGUCGUUUAGGGACCUAUUGAUUGGGAGGUUUGGUGGGAACUCUGAAAAUGGCAGAAAAGAGAAAAAUGAUGAUAAAGUCGAAGUUGUUAACUUAAGCUCGGAUAGCUCAUUUUCCUUGCCAACAAGGAGUAAACAUGAGAUGAAAAGCACAAUCAGCAGAAGAAAGGUACCCGUAGUCACACUUUUGUUUUUUGUGUUUAUGUGAUAUCAGUAUUUUAAUACAUAUGUUAAAUGAUAGGGGAAAGCGGUUAGAAAGUCUCCAAUUAGGUUGCGGAGUCCUAUUUGGACCCGGAAAGAUCCCAAGAGGACUAAUGCCAAAAUAAAGAUGAUCGGCCGCUUCAUCACUACAAAGUCCCUAUCAAAAAGGGAUCAUUGGUUGAUCAGCCAUGUUUUUUAUCCAUUCAAGGAUGAAAGGUAUUAAAAAAACUGUUUUACAUUGUUAUUAAUUGAGCAUAAUUCAUUUUUUGCAAGUUAAAGGCACUCAUCCAAGAUUUGUAGUGCCUGUUGUUGGUUGUAGUGAGGCGCUAGUUAGAUCUCCAUGGUUUCAUCUAACCCGUGGAGAGUUUAAGGUAUUAGUGCCGGAAAUACCAUUGUCUACCCAGGUUCGUUAACUUAUCUUGAUUCUUGAAUCUAUAAAUGACUUAGUAAAGUAGCAAAGUUCUGUAAAGUGAUAUGUGUUUUGAUUUGUUUAUUUGUGUAGGUGAUCACUAUGUGUGUUGACUUGUUAACGGUGCCGGAGUUGGAAAAUGAAAACCCUGUGAAUUGGUUCUUACCACCUGCAUUUGCUAUAAGUUCAUAAGUUGUAUUUGGUAUUAUUUUGAUUAUCUUUAAAAGUAGUAAUUGGACAUAUUUCAAACUAUAAUGUGUGCUAAAAGUAAUGUUUGGUUAUAAGAGUCUUCAUUAUGAAUGAUUGUAUAGGGUUGUUAAAAUCUGUCGUGGAUACAAAAUUUUCCAGCAUGUACUUUAGAUACAAUAAAGUAGGAAAGCUCGUCUAGUCACUUAAAUUUGUUGUCUGUCAUUAAAAAAACUUGAACUUUAGGCCAUAGUUUUUGUGCUGUAAUUUUUCCGUGUGAAUUCUUUGUCAUGAGUGGAACCUGAAACUGGUAUCAGAUCUGUUGUCAUUCUUGUGAUGAAUUUAUGGAUUGAAAAGUUCUAGCUCCACCCAAUCCUAGAUGUGUUGCCCAUUUUUCUUGAAAUUCCAGAAACCAAAUUUUUGGGUUUCCUUUUAAACGUUGUAUGGCUGCUUCUGUGCAAUAAACUCCUCAUACCACACUAGUGUAUUUUCAGCACUUCUGUUCGAGAGAUGACAUUGACAUGAUGAACCUGACUAGUUAGCACGUAAAAAUUGAAACCUUAUCUAGGUAUCCAUAAAAUGUGAAUCGAUUGUGUAACUAUUACGAUUUAAUAUGACUAUACUUGUAGGUGGCAUGUGCAACCGGAGAUCGCGUUUUUGCUUACCCUGAGAAAAGAAUUAAAAUAGUGUACUGCUCUGGGGACUUCAAUGAUUGUGAGAAGUUAACUGUUCCAAAUGCUAGAACCUCUUAGAAUUUCGUGAUGGAUAGAAUUUUUUGUUGAGGUUUAAGUAAUGUGUGUACAUGUCAGAUUUUUGUCCCCGUGCUGUUGGAUAGCCACUUCUUUCUUUCUUUCUGUUUUUUACCUUAAGAAAGAGGCAAUUGAAAUAUGGGACUCACUUCCAAAUUGUGUCGAUCCAAUUCAGAGGGGAGAAAAAGUUUCACUGAUUGUAAGUCAUCUUGGGCAUCUAAAAGGCUAUGCUAUGUAUUCAAUUUGUAUAUAUGCUGACAUAUCAUGUACUUGAUGUAGGCGAAGGAACUGGACUCGAUCUUUUUUAAAGCAGUCAUGAGGAGAUUCGAGGCCAAGAUGUUUUGCACUUUCACCAUCGUAGAGGUGGUCAAUGCUCCGCGGCAAGAGAAUGGGUUCGACUGUGGGUUGUUUGUGUUGAAGUUGAUGACAUGUGGCGGCCAUUUGGAUGAGUGUGCCCGGGGACUGAAUAAGAAGUUUGAUAGUGAAGAGGAGAAGGCAAGGUCUAGCUCUGUACUUUUUGACAAUAUGGAGAAUACGGAGCGUGAUGCUCUCCAUCAGAAGGUACUCAUGGAAGGUGUUAGUGGAGGUGAUUCCGUGGAGGGCGAUGUGGAAUGGAGUGGGACUCCUGAAUAAUUAGGGAAUGGCAAGACACUAAGAUUUUGAUGUAUUUUUUUCCCCAAACAAUCAAAGAGCUGGAGUAGU